GACGACAAAAAAAUCACCGUGUAUUCUUAAACUUGGCUACUCACACUGCACUAUGACGAACUGAUUCCUGACUAUAGUGUAACGCGGUGUCUCCGGCUUCCAGGGCUCACGUGCUUCGAGCACCUGCAGCGGCUGGCGAUGGAGAAGCUGGUCCCGACCAUCCUGAAGGUGACCGUGGGCGCCACCAUCGCCUUCGCCAUGGAGAUCAGCGAGUUCCUCGUCGUCACCUACACUUCUAGUCUCACGCUAUCCAUCUCGGGUAUAUUUAAGGAAAUGUGUAUCCUAGUCCUGGCAGUGGAGGUGAGUGGCGACGUGCUCUCCCCGAUCAACGUGGCGGGGCUGGCGCUGUGCCUGCUCGGUAUCAUCGGCCACAUCACGCACAAGGUCCUCUUCAUCAAGUCCGUGGCCGGCACCGUGCACGCCAUCGACUCCGACUUCGAGUCCAUUCGCCGGUCCUCGAAGGUGAAAGGCGAGCACGACGAGCCACUGCUGGAGGAGCAGGCGUGGCCGGCGAGUGAGGACAGUGACUUUGACAGCAAUGUGGUGCUAUUCGAAGUGUUACAGCGGCGAGAUGUUCCUGCUAAAUCUAAGAGAUGGCGCUGCGGGAGGGCAUCAAAGAAAAGUUCACACGGCCGUAUGUAUACUAUGUAGUUUAUGUUCAUAGGAUUUAAAAAGACGAUAUCUACAGAUUAAAUAUUUUAAGAAUUGUUGUAAAGAUUUUGCACCCAUAGGCUAAGGUAGGAGAACAAAGCACAAUAAUGAAAACAAUGAAAUUUUGUUACAAACUUUAGUAGGUAAUAGUAGACAUUGUAACGCUUCGUCCAAAAACCAAGUUCGAUUGCAAAGUGUUCUUGUUUGUCAAAGUUUACGAAUGAUAGUUGUUUGUUAAAAUAUUUAACGACAGUUAUUAAUAUCCUAUCUUUGUAUGGACUUGGCUGCUAGACAUGGAAUCAUGAAAUAUGUUGUUGUAUCUCUAGUAACCAAAUCCGGAUAGAAUAUUUGCAACGGUUGUCAUUCUUCCUGAAGUUUGUCUUAGUUACGACUUUAGGAGAGCACACUAACAGCGCUUUAUAUAGACAGCUACAGCGAAUAUAGUGCACUCAUUACUAGAAGAUAACAAAAACAUUAUGUUAAAUUACACAAUUAAAUGUAAUACAUGCUUGGAUAAAAAGUGUGACCGAAUAAUAAACACCCAAAGCAGACAAUAGAAAAAGAAACAUAUAUUUUUAAAAAUAAUAAAUACUUUUUUAGACCUGAAAUGACAGUUAUAUUGCCACAAUAAAAUAGUAUUUAAUUGUUGUAAAUUCAAUACUCGCAUUUACUAAUUGAAAUGUAUUCAUUGUAAUAGAUUCUCCACAGAAAUGAGAUUAAUGUUAGAUACCAACCCGGGGAUUAUAAAAAGCACUGAUGUAAUAAUGUAUGCCAGCCUGUUACUGUCCCACUAGUGGGCAAAAGCCUCUGAAUGUCAUGUGUUUUAAAAGAUAAAGACGACAAGACAAAACCUUGAUUAAUACCGUGCAAGUUUCUAUAGAGUCGCCAUCAAAAGUAUUGUCAAAAUUCAAAUUAACGGUAAAACAAUCUAAAUGUGGUCUUGUUCUUUUUGUGCUUACUACAUCGCGCACAAAAAUCGGUCACUUACACCUUAAAACGUCAUAGGUUAUCGGUGACCGACACAUGUGCUAACAUACCAUUCUGGAGUGGCCCCAAACAUUUAAUGCCAACUUGCACCAGACAGUUUGACAGAUUAGCAGAGAUGAGGCUUGAAUAUAAUGAAACCAAUUAUCAAAUUAAAUGUCCAUGUUUCAAACAAUACCUAAUAGCGAGAAAUUGAGAAUACAAUAAACAACGGAGCAAAUGAGAAUUAUAUUUUUACAAGAACGUUACAGUAUUUGACAAGUUGCUUAUAUCAGCAAUUAUUUGCUGGCGUUUUGUAGCUUUGUAUUGGAGUUAUAUAAUUAAAUGUUCGUACCAUAUAUUUGUGUAGGCGUUACACGUACCGCCUAGAUAUACAUUAAUUUAUUAGAUAU